UCAACAAGGACGAAACACAAAAACCCAAGCCGCCCAAUAUUAAAAGUUAGUUGAAUUAGACAAAAUUAAAUCCAUUGAAAAUGUCGGUGUUUUAACGAAACAGCUCAUGUGCAUGUCGUUUAGACAAAAAUUUGUUGAAAAUGCAAAAAAAAAAAAUUCCAAAACCCAAAAUCGUCAUGUGUCACGAGAUUCCUAUAAAACCUCUAUCCCCAUGGAAUUCUAAGACAGUCCCAGUUAAUUCACAAAGACAACAUUUUGCAACUUGCAUUGACUAGUAUCCCGUCUCACCACCACCACCGCCGCCACCACUACCACCACCACCACCUCUGCCGCCAUUGAUAUGGACAAUCCCCACAUUCUUCUGGUAACUAUGCCGGGACAAGGCCACAUCAAUCCGUCCCUCCAAUUCGCCAAGAACCUAGUGGCAAUGGGUGUCAAAGUUACCUUUGCCACUAGCCUCUCCGCCAUCGGGCAAAUGAACAAAACCACCCCAACCCCACAAGGCUUAACCUUUGCCCCCUUUUCCGAUGGCAAUGAAAAGGGCGUCAAAGCUGUUGAAAACUUCAUGUCCUCAUUCCGAAUUCACAGUUGCCAAGCCGUCGCGAAUCUCAUCAAUGCGAGAGCAGACGAAGGCCGCGCCUUUACACGUGUGGUAUACACUACAAUUAUCCCAUGGGUAGCAGAAGUGGCACGUGACCAUCACAUUCCAUCCACACUUCUUUGGAUCCAACCAGCAACUACUUUGGACAUUUACUGCCAUUACUUCAAUGGAUAUGGUGAUGUCGUUACAAAAAAUAGCUGUGACCCCUUCUGUACUAUUGAAUUACCGGGACUUCCGUUGCUUACUACUCGUGACCUUCCUUCCAUCUUACUUCCUAAUCCUACAGAGUCCUACAGUUUCCUCCCAAUAUUCAAAAAGCACGUAGAUAUACUUGAUACCGAAGCAAAUCCACAAGUACUAGUAAAUACAUUCGACGCAUUGGAAACAGAUGCUCUACGAGCUAUCGAGAAGGUCACCAUGAUUGCAAUUGGCCCGUUAAUUCCAUCAGCAUUUUUGGACGGAAAAGAUCCAUCUGACACUUCAUUCGGAUGUGAUAUGUUUCAGAAGUCUACAGACUAUGCAGACUGGUUGAACUCGAAGCCAGAGUCCUCUGUUGUUUAUGCAUCAUUCGGGAGCAAUUCAGUCUUUUCGAAGAAACAAAUGGAAGAGAUGGCACACGGGUUGUUGGAAAGCGGAAGGCCCUUCUUGUGGGUGGUAAGAAAAUUUGAUCACUUUGGCGAUAAUAUAGAAGAAAAAGUAGGUUGCAUGGAAGAAUUGGAAAAGCAAGGGAUGAUGGUGCCAUGGUGUUCUCAACUGGAGGUUCUGUCUCACCCGUCAUUGGGAUGUUUUGUGACACAUUGCGGGUGGAAUUCUACGUUGGAGAGUUUGGUUUCUGGGGUUCCAAUGGUGGCAUUUCCGCAGUGGACGGAUCAGAGGACUAAUGCAAAGCUGAUCACAGAUGUUUGGGAGGCGGGGGUGAGGGUGACAUUAAAUGAAGAAGGAAUAGUUGAGAGGGAGGAGUUCAAGAGGUGCAUAGAAAUGGUAAUGGGGGAUGGAGAGGAAGGGAAAGAAAUGAGGGGAAAUGCCAAGAAAUGGAAGGAAUUGGCUAGGGAAGCUGUGAAGGAAGGUGGGUCCUCGGAUGUGAAUCUUAAAGCUUUUGUGAGUGAACUCGGAAAUUAACAAGUUAUUUAGUAGGAUGAACUUUGUUCUUGAUUGAAUCUUCAUCUUUGUUCUGUUUUGAUUUACUUUUUGAUUUGCUGUCACAUUUGCAAUUCAUGUGAUAUAUGU